UGGAUCUAUUCCUUUUCCGAGAUGCAGAGAGUAUAUAUACCGCCAUCAAAAUAAACCAAGGGCAAAAUAUUCAUAAAAAAAAAUUCGUUAGAGACGAAGAGAAAACCCUAUAAUAAAAUCGAUCUGUGAAGGAGAGAGAAGAGACUGAAAUGAAUCUCUAGAGAGAGAGAGAAAAGCCCAAAAAUCGAUCUCUUUUCCAAUCUUUUCAACCCACCAUAGCCCAACCCUUCCCACAUAAAUACCGCCUGUUCAAAACCGCUUCCAUUACAGAAACCAAAAACCCAAAAUCAAACCCUUUUCCGACCAAUACCACCAAAUCCAAAACCACAAAACUCACAGAAAACGAUUUCUCGUCUUCCUCGGAUUCAUCAGAUGCCCCAGCAGAGGUUUUCUGAACUCUGAUUCAUCUCCAAAAAGCGGUUUUUCUCAUGAUAACAGGCGGUUUUCGGAGGCCACACUGCGUAGUCGGCCAAACAGGUUCUCUGUUUCUCCGGCGGAGGCCCCUAAAGGCGGUUUUCGGAAACAGCUUGUUUGGAAAGGGCAGUUUUUAGAGGUAGGGGCGUGUAUGGUUUGCGUGGUGUAUGUAAUAUAAUGGCUUUGUUGGCCCUACUCUUUUAAACGGUGGAGAUUUGAUUCGUUGGUGAGUGGACGCCUUGGAUUCGAGGUGGAGAGAUGGUGAGGUGGGGCACCUGGGAAGAGUUGGUGCUUGGGGGGGCGGUUCUUAGGCAUGGGACCCGAGCCUGGGAGGCCGUAGCUUCAGAGCUCCGAAGCAGAACCACUUUCCCUUACAUUUUUACCCCUAAGGAAUGUCAGGAGAAGUACGAGGAUUUACGGGAGCGGUACUGUGAGUCAGAUGCCUGGUUCGAAGAACUUCGAAAGCUUAGAGUUGCAGAACUGAAGCGUGAGCUCGAGCGAUCCGACGACUCCAUCGGAUCUCUGCAAUCGAGGCUCGAGAGCCUCAAGUCAGAGAGAGAAAGUGGCAACUUGGAAUACGAAUCGCACCUGCCGGAAACCUCCCAACCAGCCAGCAACCUCGCUGGGAAACCAGAAAACGGCUCAUCGGCUGGAAGUUCCACCCAAUGCCAACAAGGCAGGUUAUGGUUGCCAGAAAACCAGAUUCCGGAGUCUCAUUCGAGGGAAAAGCAAAUAGAAGACCGGCCAGAAAACUCAGACUCGGGGAAACGAGCGGUUACGAUCAGAAAGAAGAGAGGGAGGAGAGGGAAAGCGAGGCGAGAGAAUAGUUUGGGGGAGAGCGACGUUCAAAGCUAUGCUAACGCCGUUAGUAGGGACGGGGAAUUGACGGGCGCCUGUGGCAGGGAUAACGGCGAGGUGGACGGAGAGAGGGAGGCGGACUCUCGGUGGUUGUCAGAGUUUCUGACUGCCUUCAUGGAGAGGAAGGAGGGUUCUGUUUUCCGGCGACGGUUGGAAAUCCAGAAGAAAGCGAGGUACAAGAAGAUGAUCAGGCGUCACAUAGACUUCGAGGUGAUGAAAUCGAGACUUGAGGCGAAUCUAUACACCACACGUUUCGAGCUCCUCAGAGACCUCCUCCUCCUAUUCAACAAUGCCCUCUUGUUCUUCCCUAAAACCUCACAAGCACACAAAUCAGCUCUUUCUCUACGAGCAUUCACAACCAAAAUGUUGCAAGAACACCGACGGAGCGGCACCAAAACAUCAAAUUCCAACGAGCUGGACCCUACCCCAAUGGCUAUCACCAAUCCCUCGAAUCCUCGUAGUGGCGGACCAAUUGGGCACCAUCCUGCGGGAAAGGUGGCUAGAAAAGUGACGGCGAAGAUUCCGGUGUUAGAAAUGAAAAGAGAGAGUAAGAAUCCGACUGUUAGUCCGGCGAGUAGGGGUAUUGGGAGGCCAGCAAAGAGGGGUAGAGAUGGAGGGAAGAAGCCUAGUCAUAUGGUGAGCAGGGGAGGGAAGAGAGGGAGGAGGGUUUGAAUUUUUCAGGCAUGUUUUGAAUUUUGGUGAGGGUUUCUUUGAGGAGCUGUGCAGUUUUGGUGGUGGGGAGAGGGGAAGUGUAAAGUCCGGAAUCGUGUGUACUUCAUUAUGUACUGUGAGGAUAUAUGGUCUUUUUUUUCUUCUUCUUUUUUUCUUUUUUCUUUCCUUUUUUUUG